AUGGAAAAGCCAUUUGUGCCCUCUCCAGACAAGCCAGUCAUCGCAGUGGCAGGAGCAACGGGAGACCUGGGCACGCGCCUGACCAACACUUUCCUUUCGCCAGAACUGCGAGACAGGCUCUCGGGAUUCGUGUCGCUUGCUCGUCGACACACCCCGAGCACAGAGAGAUGGACGACCUUGGGCGCGGAGAUCCGGAUCAUCGAGAACGAGUGCGACGAGAAUGACUUGAUCAUGGCACUAGACGGCGUUGAUGUGCUCGUCAACGCGAUCUCAUCGGCAGGGACGUCUCUCCGGGAUAAGCUUGCCAACGCGCUGCCAAAAACAUCGGUCAAGCUGUAUUUUCCAUCUGAGUUUGGCGUCGACCAUACGCUGCACGACUUUGGCAUCCCCGAGUGGGAUGGGAAGAAGCGCCAUUACGAGCUAGCUAAGAAGAUACAGCAAGAGGCGGACAUUCAGAUUUGUAGGCUGUUUGUUGGUUUGUUCUUGCAUAGUGGGAUCGCUCCGUGGUACGGGUUUCACACCUCGAGAGGUGUAUACCAGGCUGUUGGCAGUCUGGAUCAGAGCAUCAGCUAUACGGACAUAAGCGACAUUGCUCGGGUGGUUUGUGGUCUCGCCGAGCGGGCCGUUCGAGGGGAGAGAGUGCCCGAAGAGUUGCGUAUUGCUGGAUCGCACGCCAGUUUCCGCCAAAUAGCCCAAGAAAUGUCUGCCGCUGAGUCCGGAGAUAUUGACUUGAAGACUGUCGAGCUGGACACCUAUCGAGACAAGGCCCUAAGUCGCAAAUACGGGGAUCGGGGUGCGAUCGUAUGCUUGAGAUUCGUCAUGGGUGACGGAAGGGUUGAUUACAGGCCAAAGGAUGAAGGCGGCCUGGGCAAUGAUAAUGAGGUAGUCAAUCCCGGGCAGCAGCACUUCGUGUGGAAGACUGUACGAGACCUGGCCCGUGAGACUGGCGGAAGGCCGAACAGCGACGCAUAA